AUGCGUGCUCAGGAUAAUGUGACUUUCCCUCCUGCGCGCACAGCCACCAACUGCUCUAAACCGGAAAAUAGGGAGUUGACCUUGGGUAAGACCCCGAAGGAGGAGGAUUUUAAUUUCCUGGAAGAAUUUUACAUGCCCAAAGUCAAAGUUGCUGAGGAGGUGGGCGAGACGAAAUAUAAGGAGCUACCGACGAAGCACACUGGGGAACUAGAAGUCUCCCAACAUCAGGUGUCUCCGAAUUGGAGACGGGGAAAGCGCCGAGACCCGUCGAGAAAGAAGGCAGAAGAGAACGUGAGAGAUCGAGGCCAGGGAAGGCCGCUGUCGAGCGGGAGUGGGCAGACUGAGCCCUGCGGGGCUUCCCGCGUGAACGGGAGGUGUUGGGUGGGGAAAGGCCCUCGAGGGAGGCAGGGCGCUGGGACGGACGCCCCUGGUGGCCCGUGUGCGCAGGCGGGUCUGUGCGACCCUCUCUCUCAUCCUAGACACGCCCCCGUGCCUGCACGCAGGCGUGCUCAGUACGUCUCGAGCGCUUUCCCGCCAACAUGUGGCGUUGGCGCUUCCGAGCCCAAGCAAGGCGGGAGAAGGGCUCUGGGCGCCAAAUGGAGCGAUGCUUUCGUCUCCGACGCACGUCCCUCUUCCCAGCCCCGUACCCGACCUCGCUUUCCUCAGGUCCUCUAUACCGAAGGCAGGAAGAAGAGGGAAGGGGCAGGGCGCACACUCUCAGGUUUGCCUUCUGGUGGCCGCCCUGCCCGCCAGUUUGCCUCUGUUGAUAAAAAAACAAAGAAUGAUGUGGUCGUACUGAGUGACUGGCCUGAGACUCUAUACGAAGAGCCUUACUAUCCAGAGAGCAAGCCUUUCAUCUGCUUCUACUCCACUGACGACAACUAUUUUGUCUCCUUAAACUGGGUGGAAGAUCAUUCAAAACAAAUGCAGGCAGUACUUUGGAUACAGAAAAAAGAUACAGAAGUGGAAGGAAUAAUAGAGAAGAUAAAGUUUCGUGUGAUGGAUCAAGUGCCACCCAUCCAAGCGAUGGUCCACACGGGUUCCUACCACUUGUUAAUUGCUGAUUGUGGUAACAUGCACCUGUGGCUUUUCGGCGAUCAUCAUCGAGCCUUCACAUUUCUGGGUACUGUACCCUGUCGUUUCUCCAUCACCAGCCUCUGCUAUGACUCAGAAACUGAGAUGCUGCUUUCUGGUACUUUGGGGGCCGUGGUUACCUGGUUUAUCUUGCCAGGUGGCAAGGGCCUCCAGAUGGCACAAACUGUGCUUCUCCCUGGUGGUGAGCUUGUACAGGGCUUUUCCCUGAAUGGCCCCCAGGGCUCCCUUCUGGCUCUUUGUGAGAAUAAGGUGAGAGUCUUCACCCACCAGGGUCAGGGCCAGCUGAAGGAGGUAAAGAAGUUCACGUCUAUGACCAGUGGCUCCACCAUCACCUGCUCCUUCACUUGUGUCUCUCAGGGCUAUUUCUAUGCUGGAAACACGGAUGGAGAAAUCCAUGCUUGGGGUCUAGACCGAGGUAAUUUCCUCCACAGCUUCCAGGCUCACUCCUCAUCAGUGAUAUGUGUCCAAAGCCGGCCAGAGACCCAUACCUUACUAACAGCAGGCAGUGAAGGCAUAGUGAAGGAAUGGGACCUUGCCGUUGGGAACUUGCUACGGCAGCUGGACAUUGAUAAGGAUCUGCAGAAAUUGCAGUUUGUUGAUAACACCACUUUUUUCUACCAGACUAGCUGCACUUUCUCAUUGCACCACCUCCCCUACUUUUAUAGCCUCUUCAAUGUCUGUGGUUCUGCUCCCCAGCAGGUGCGGCGGGUCUGGUGUGGCCCUAAUUGGACUCGGAUCCUAUGUGCCACUAAAGAUGGUUUGUUGCGCUUCUUGUCUCCAGUAACAGGAGACCUCCUGCUUAUCACCUGGCCUCUAGUUGUCAUGGAUAAGGCUGUGGCCUGGGCCUAUGACUCCGAAAGAGAAGAGCUCUUUGUGGCAACCGUCAGUUCAGAGGUGCUGGUGUUUGAUGCAACACGCUCUCCUUGCACAGCCAAGUAUCUUGUGUGCACUUCAGUAAACCCUGAGGAUACAGUAAGAUGCCUGGCCUAUGGGCAGUCCCAUUUGGGUAAGGGCCUAGUAGGAUUGAUGUUCUGUGGGCAUGAGAGUGGCAUUGUGAGAAUCCUCUCUCACUACAGCUGUGCCCGAAUAGAGAGGACUGUUCACUCUGGGGCAGUAUUGGCGUUAUCUACCCUAGAAGGUCCCCAGGAAUUCUCCUUGCUCUGUUCCUAUGGCAUGGAUAAUAUUGUACAUGUGACAGAAGCUGUGCUUCAGAAGAACAAGGUAAUCCUGCAGCCUGUCAGUAAAAUUAUCUGUGGUUGCCGCCUAAAACACGUGAUACUCUUGCCAGAUUCUGUGGGUGCCAUCACUGAGAACCACUGCUGGCGUCUCUGGCACUAUGAAGAUUUUCUGACACCUUCAGAAUCAAAACAAAGUCCUGUGGUUCAAGAGACUAAAUGCUUGCACCAGUGUGCCAUCACUUCAUUUGAUGUCUGCCUUUCCCUGAAACUUUUUGUCACAGGAGGCAUUGAUGGCUCCGUCCGGAUCUGGGACUUCCAUGGUAGUCUCAUUACUGAGUUGGACUCAGCAUUACAUUUUGGCCCACUCUGCUUUGCCAAUAAUCGGGGUGACCUGCUUUUGACUUUCAACCAAAGUCUUUACCUGGUAUCCUGCUUAAAAUUGCUCCCUCCCGCUCAGCUGAUUCACUUAGCUGUCUUAAACAAUGCAGAUGAAAUACAAGAAGCCCCUAAACCCUUCCUGCCUAGCUUCUUCUUUUCAUUUGAAAUAGUAUUUGUACCCAAGUUUGUCUACUUUGGUAAAGGGCUGCAGGGGCUAGAGGCCCUUGUUAACAAACGGGUCAUUGCCUUUGACAAUACUGUGCCCCAUGUGGUAGAGGAAGAGAGACAUAUGUCCUCUGUGGGAUUUCAAGAGGGACCCAAAUUGCACUUUUUGGAGGAUAAGCAUAUUGACUCUUCUACUCUCAAUCCCAAGCAUCAUCGUCCCCCGCACGUGGUUCCUGCUCAGUUACGGCUGGCCGGCUGGGAUGGAUUGAAACCCUACCAUGUGCUACGGCACUUCUUCGGUCAAGGGAGGCAGUGGCCCUUUCCUCCUGAUGGUUACAUCCCCAAUUCAGUGAUCCGUGCCCGCCUUUGGCCUGAGGGUAGCCCAGUCUUCCUACACUGUGACCUGUACUCAUCCUACCAAGAUAAGGAUUGGGACACAACUGAACUCAGCAGACGCCAGGCACAGUCAGCUAUGACCCCAGUAAAAGAGAAACUCUCAAAGAGUAAACAGGGGAAACGACUUUUCUAUGAUAUUCUCGUAAAGUUGGCCAGCCAAAAUUGGAUGGGAAGAAAACAUGAUGAAAGACUUAUAAAUAUUUUAAUUGAGGCCAUCCUCAACCUCACAGUUUACUGUUCUAUAGAGCAAUACAAGACAUAUAUUAGUGUCCUGGCACAAAUUUUUGCCUUCUAUCAAAUUCCUUCAAGGUGGCGCUCCGAGGCUGCCAGUCGCCUCCUAGAAGAUACAGCACAUUCUAAUCCACGGAUCCGUGAAAUAGCCUGGGAGGGGUUAGAGAAGCUAGGCCUCAUGAGCCAUCUCUUUGCUGUUCCACUGGCUGUGGGAUUGAUGGACAGUGAUGAAAAUGUGCGGGCUAAGGCCUUAUACCUCAUGGUAAGAGUCACAGGCAUCCAAACUAAGAGUAUGCUGGUAGGUCUGCUGAAGAGACAAGAAACUCUCCAGGAAAUGCAGCAGGACUUUAUUGGAGAAGUCUCUCUGGACCAGCUGCUGGGAAUUCAAGGUAGUGGUAUCCGUGACCUGCUUACUCAGGUGGAGGAACGGCUAAAUGAGAACCUGACCUUGUUACAUAGAGAUGAGCAACUUCCUUCUUCUUUAGAUAGAUCAAGGGCUGUUAAAAAAGACCUGAGAGUUACUGAGAAGCAGAGAUGGAAAGCAUUGUUCAAAAUUAGCCCUUCAGAGCAUGAAGGCAAGCAAAGAGAAGCCAAGGAAGCAGGGCAAAUUGACACCCAGGAUGUUGCUUUAGAGCCGGAGCUGCCACCAUUAAGUACUUUCAGCCCAGUCACAUCCCAGAAGGAUGUUGAAGAAUCAAAGGAGGUCAUGUUGGAGGCCACAAAAGCCAUGGAAGCCACAGAAGCUUUGGAGAUCACAGAGGAAGUGGAGGCCACAGGAGCUGUAAAGGCCAUAGAUCAACAUGGCAUGAACGAUUAUGGAGACUUGAUCCAUAAGCUGGAAAGAAAAGAACACUUGAAAAGACUUUGGAAAAGAGCAUUGGAAAAAAGCCGUGAAAAAGUAGAUACGCAGUUAAAGGAGAAAAAACAAUUGAAGGACAUUCCAGAGAUAACUGAAGAAGAGCCCAAGAAAGAAGUCGUACAGGUUACUGAGCAAGAAAAUGUGAAGAAACUUGGAAUGAGUGGUCGUGGUUUGUCUGGGACCCCUGGACGCACAAAUAGAUCAGACACCAGAUCUUGGCGGGAUGAUAUUUGCUACCUUGUCACUUCAAGGAUAGCAAGUUCCAGUUCAGGAAUAUUAAGGGAUCUGGGUCAAGAAUUGGUGGAACUGGCUCAGGAGAUGCUUGGUCCUCAAGAGCCCAGCUGGGAUCUCUUCCAAGAGAUCUGUCCUCUUUUAAAGGACUCAUCAGAAUUGAAUGACAGAGUGACAGAAGAAACACCUGUUACAACAGAAAAAGUGGUUACAGACGUUGUUGAGGAAGACGAGGUAGUAAGAUCAAAAGAACAAGGAAGUAAAAAAGCAUUAAAGAAAGACAGGAUGCUUUCUCAUGUCAAGAGAAAGAAUAUUACUUUGUUAGAAGAUGACCUAGUAUUAGAGAAAAGGAAAUUUAAAGUAAAGAAACUAACCACACGCAAAGGGAAAAUAACUAGGGAAGAAAGGAAACUGAGUAAGCAACAGAAGAAAUUAAUACAUGGAAAGGAGAAACUGACCAAAGAUGAUAAACUGAUCCAUCAAAAAGAAAAAAUAGUUUUGGAAGAAGAAAUACUGGCUUCCUCACAAAAAUUAGCCAAGGAAGAGCAGAAGUUAAGCCUGGGCAAAAAGAAGGGGACUGAAAAAGAGGAGAAACUACUAGGGGAGAAAAAGAUGGUAAACUGGAAAGAGGGGAAGGUAACCCCAGAAGGGAGGAUGUGGGACUGGGAGAAGGUAAUCCUGGCCCAUACAGAAGGCAGGUGGGCCCAGGAAGAGGGGUUGCCUGCCUGGAGCAAGAGGAAGUUGUCCCAUGUAGAGGAGGAACUGGGGAAGGAGCUUCUCAGCAAGGAGGAGUGGGAGAACCUGAGUGUGGUGGAGAAAGAGGUGGAGGAGGAGGAAGAGAGCCUGAGUGAGCAGCAGGAGAAAGAGGACAAGGAAGCAGAGGAAAGGCAGGCAAAGCAGAAGGAUGAGGAAAGCAUGAGUAAAGAGAAAAAACAGGGGAGCAGACUUUGGGGGGUGAUGCUCUCGAAAAAGGAGAGAGUACUGAAAACCAAGCUCCCAAAGGAAGAAGUGCUAGAAGCUGAGGUUCUUGCUGAGGAAAGGAAAGAAUCCCUGUCCUUGGACUUCCAAGCCUUGAGGGGAAGGGAUGAGCUCUCCAAAUUUAGCAAGGCAAAGAAGAAAGCCCUGUGCAUCCCUACACCAGUGUUACCAUCAACUACCAAAAGGAUUCAAGACCAAAAGGCUAUAACUUGGCAUCUUUUAGGAGAACCUUACAGGAGUGCACGGGCCCAGCAGUUAUCCAAUGUUCACAAAGAGAUGAAAAUGCGGCAUUUUUGUCCUGCCACAAGAGACAUUCUCACAGGCACCCAUACCUCUGUGGAAAAACAAACUCUAGCACUGAUGUUUCAGAAGGAUCUCAAGGCUCUUAAGGGUAAAGGCAGGCUCCUAAAGUUGCCCCAGCUGGGGAAGAAGGCACAGCCCAUCUCUAAAGAAAAGGAAGAGGUGCCUCAGUGGGAGACAUUUGUGGCAUUGUACCAUGUUUUGAAGAUGUUGCAGGAGCGAUAUGCGAAAGACAAUGCUGCUUGGAUGGAACAGUUCUCCGGCCUCAUGGACCUGUACCAACUCCAGUCCCCUGGCAUCCAGAGGCUGCUACUAGAGUUGCUGCAGAGAAAGAAACUCCCACCUCAAGAGACCAUCGACAAAAAGGCCCUGAAAACCAAGGAGCUGGUUCUUGGUGAACGGUUAUUCUGUGGCCUGUGUUGUGGUAGCGCUCAUCCCACUUCAGAUCCCCUUGAGUUCCAGGAUGUUCUACCCUUGCCUGGGAAAAACAAAGUGCAUACUCUCCAACCUGUGGGCAUUGCCAAGUAUGGGUUCUUAGAACUUGCCUGGAAAAGCCUACCACAAGUCAAUCCUUACCAUUGUGAAAGGCUACCCAACAUCCCUACUCCCACUCUCUGA